AGGAGCGGAUGUGCAGAGCCAAUCAGUCCACCACUCCGUCACAAUAUAACCUGACUCUUCUCUUCAUUCUACAUCAGAUUGUGAAAGCAAUGAGUCAGUGUUGACUCAGUAAUUCUUGCUGUGUUAUUUUGAGACCUUUAGUAACGUGUUUCUGUUCUCCCUCAGCCUGGACUGCUCCUGGAUUUGCACUCAUCAGACCCACCUGCCUACUGGCCUUCCCCACCAUCAGGAUUUGUCACCCGGUUCAUCCCCAACCGUUCCUCUGCCGUCGAGUGCCAGCUUCAGUCCUCACCUGCCGUCUCCACGUCCAUCCCUCCGCUCCACCUUCGAGCCACAGCCUGUCAUCCUUCCUAGUUGCCAGGCGGUCGCUAUGGCAGCGGGGGGGUGGGGCCUGCGUCCCUCGGUGACGUCAGUGGCGCUGUUCAUUGGGUGGUGCUGAACGUCUCCGCCGUCAGUCGCCGCUCCGCUGCCGCUCAGUCGGAACCGGGAACCUGCGCUCUGCUCGGCGGGAGGACGGCGCUUCGGAGGCGGAUCUCCAUCAGGUCCAGCAAGUCCCCGAUCAGAAGCUUUCGUCAUGGCUGCCGCCCGUCACCUGGGCGACCUCACCUGUGGAGGUUCCACCUGCUGAGCUGAGAGACGCUCACCUGAGUCCAGAGAACCUCCAAACCAUGUAGAGCAGCUUCUCCAGCAGGGGGGAGGGUCUACAGCGUUAUUUCUUACUCCUGUUGGCCGACCUGCAGACAGACCUCACCUGUGCUCACCUGUGCAGAGAGUGUAUGUAGGAGUGGCCAGAGAGCAGGACGUGAUGGUGCUCCACAGCACCCCCUACACCAGUGCCUGCCUGCACUUCCUGGAUGGGCUGUCGUGGAUGCUGGUGUUCCCGUGCUACUGGCUGCUGGACCGGCUGCUGGCGUCCUGCGUGGCCACCUCUUUGGAGAAGCAGCGGCGCUCUCAGGACCCCUGCUCCUUCCUGUCGCUCUGCAUCCUCGUUUCAGUGCCACUCUACCUACUGCUGCUCCUCGCAUCGCUGCCCUUCGCCCUGCUGGGCUUCAUCGUCUGGGCCCCGCUGCAGGCCGUCCGCCAGCCCUACCUGUACACCUACCGCAGACCAGACAAGCACCAGGCCGAGCAGGGCCAAGCCGGGCCGGGCGGCGCCGGGACCGGGGAGUGGAGGCCUCAGGGCCGGAACUUCUGCUUCUGCAGCGCUAACGUCUGCCUGCUGCCUGACUCCCUGGCCCGGUUCAACAACCUGUCCGACACCCACCGGAGAGCCAGGGAAGUCGGCAGGAGGAUCCGCAAUGGAGCCAGCCGGCCUCAGAUCAAGAUCUACAUUGACUCGCCCACCAACACAUCCAUCAGCGCUGCGUCCUUCAGCAGUCUCACCACCGGUUUCCGUCGUACUUCCUCUUUGGACCAGCGUCCGGACCAAACCCCCACCACCAACGGACCCGCCGACACUGAACCAGAACCGCCCACUGAGUGUCCGAUCCACCCGCCCGGUGCAGCCGACUGCCCCAUCCACCCCCCCGCAGGCGACCAAUGCCCCACCCACCCCGACGCAGUGCCCCCUGCAGGCGACUGUCCGCUGCACCCAAACGGAACCAGCAGCUCCGACUGCCCUGCCCACAGCACCGGGGAGGCUGACUGCCCCGUGCAUGCCCCCAGUAACCAUGACUGUGCCAUGCACGGGGACGUGGCGCCAAAGCCCGACUGCCCGCUGCACGCCUCGGGGGUCCAGAUCAGCAUAAGCGCCCCGGAGCCGGACCCGGAUGAGGAGGAGACGGGGAACCACCGGGAGGCCGGCGGCGGCGACUCCAUGACGGCCUCCCGGGAGUCGCUGGCCCGUUACCACGGUGAUGGCGGCAUCGGGAUCUCCUCCAACAACACGCUCUCACAUGUUCCGCGGACCUCCGUCUUUAAGCGUCCGGGACGGAAACGUCGCCACGGAGACGAGACUUUCGAGCACGAUGUCUCCGCCUUUUUUCCCGCCAACCUGGACUUCCUGGCGUUGCAGGAAGUGUUCGACCAUGGAGCGACAUCGCGGCUGCGCCGGCAGCUGCACCGGUACUUCCCCUACGUGCUGAGCGACGUCGGCCGCUACGGCUGGAAGGGCUGCUGCUCCAGGUUCAAGUUCCUGAACAGCGGCCUGAUGCUGGCCAGCCGAUACCCCAUCCUGGACGCCCGCUACGAGUGCUACCCCAACGGGCGUGGCGAGGACGCGCUGGCAGCCAAGGGGGCGCUGUUCGCCAAGGUCCACGUUGGAACCUCCCACCAGGAGCAGAGGGUUGUGGGAUACCUCACCUGCACACACCUGCACGCCAUCGAAGGUGACUCCUCCGUCCGCUGCCAGCAGCUGGACCUCCUCCUCCAGUGGGGUUCUGAGUUCCGUCAGAGUUCUUCUCGUCCAGAAGGAGAGAAGGUUCUGGAGGACCUGGUGGCCUUCGAUGUGCUUCUGGGAGACCUGAACUUUGACAACUGCUCCUCAGAGGACAAACUGGAGCAACAGCAUUCACUUUUUUCUCAGUACAAAGAUCCAUGUCGCCUCGGACCUGGAGAGGAUAAACCCUGGGCUCUGGGAACUCUGCUGGAGCCCAGCGGUCUCUACGACGACGACGUCACCUCACCCGAGAGUUUACAGAAGCUGAUGGAGAACGAGGAGGGCAGGAAGGAGUACCUGGUGUUUCCUCCCAGUAAGACUCCGUCCAGCAGCCAGAGGGGCAGAAAGAUUCCUCUGAGGGGCAACGGGAGGAGGAUCGACUACCUGCUGUACAGCGACGAGGGUCUGCAGCCGGACUGGAAGCUGGACAUCGAGGAGUUCAGCUUCGUCACCCAGCUGGCCGGCCUCACCGACCACCUGUCCGUGGCCAUGAGGUUGGCGGUUUCCACCGGAGAGGACGAGCCAUAGGACCUCCACCAACGGACCAACACAAAUACUGCCAAGAAGAGAAGGAGAUGGAGAGUUUACAGACGUGGAGCUGCAGAGGAGGACCACAUCAGACCUGGAGCUCUGCAGGACCUGGAUCUUCUGGUAAACCACCUCCAGAAGCAGCGGCGCCCCUCGCUGUCCGCUCUAGUGUCCGUCUGGUUUUCUGAGACUCUUCCUUCAGGACAUUUAAAGGAUGAUUUCAUGAUGAAGACUGGCCUCGUCCACCCUCCUGCUCCCACGUCCAUCCAGGAACCUCAACAAGUGUCUUUCUUUUCUAAAAACAACAAACCAGUCUUUUAACGGAGAGAAUCCUUUCUAUGGCGGCCACCUUUUCUAGGAGUCUGAUGCCUGUUUAUUACCGUCUGUUUCUAAAAGAGUUGAACAGAGCUGAUGUGACGCGUUUACCAGUCGGACGCUCUGCUGAUGCAUGAUGGGAAACGGAGUCAGUUUACAUUAGAGCAGCAAACACACACCUGCAUGUUCCGCACUAAGGCGUGCACGGCUACACAACAGACACACACCUCAGACGGACGGGUUUCAUUGGAGGUUUGUCCUCCGGCGGCCAUGUUGGAGGAAGUGACAUCAUGUGACCCGGCUGAUUGGACUUUAUCAGACCAAUAAAUGGUUUAGAUCUUCAGCAAACCAACAGCAGGAACCUGGAAGCAGCUCAGCAGGUUUGACUCAUUCUGAUCCAAACAAAAAAUAAAAAAGACAUUCUGGUGGAAACGGGAAGUAGUUCGACCAAAGGCCUUCUAUGAACCUGGUUUGUUUUCCCACCUAAACUUAACCACACUGAAAAUCCAAGUAAACAGUGAGUGAAAAAGGACAGGUUAAAAAUAACAGCAUGUGGAAAAUGACAAGUUAAAAAAUGACCAAAAACACAGAAUUUAAAACAACAUAGAUGAAAACGAGAGAGGGAAUAACAGCAAAGAGAAAAGGAUAAGCUGAAAGUGAUAAGUGAUAUAUGGCAGGUGAUGAACAGUGAGAGGAAAAAAGUGAGUAAAAAACUGUAAAAAAUGUGAGUGAGAAUGUGUGAACAAAAAGCGAGAGGAAAACACCGAGUUAAAAACGUGGUAUUUUCACUGUUUAAGAAGGAAAAAUCUUUUUAUUUUUAACUGAACCACUUCACCUGACCACAACCUGUUAUGACAUGUUAUUUUAGAACUGUUUCUGUAGAAGAGAAAGUUCUGUUUCAGAGAACUUUUAAUUUUAGUCCCAAUUAAGCAACAUAUAAAUGAAAGCGUCAUCGGCAUAGAAACAAAUAAAACAAGUUUCUGGAGGCAAAACAGUGAGUUUAAACGAGUCAGAUGAAAAGUAUUGAUUGUAAAACAGUGAAUAAUAUAAAUAUAUAAAUAAAUAUACAAUAUGGAGGAGAAAACAGGGACUGAAAAAGUGAAAAACAUCAAAUCUGAAUAAAAACAGUGAGAACAAAACACAGUGAAAAACUAAAAGUCACAGUUAAACUCAAACUCAAGUCACCGAUUUUUGUAGUUUUUUUUCAGUCGAUUUAAAUCAGCCAAACUGAUCCUCAACAGAAAAUACAACUGAAGUUAAAUAUUCAUGUUUUCAACCUUAAAAUAUUAUUUUUAAUAUUAAUUAAUCCUUUCCUGAGAAGAUCGAACCUGCUGAGCUGCUGCAGGUGAAGGAGCUUCUACCUGAACAUCUGGAUGGACCGAAGAUGUUGGUUAGCAUCCAACCACUGCAGUUAGCAGUCGUCUGAUUGGCCAGUCUGUUCCGGAGGUGUCUGAUUGGUCAGUGACAGGAUGAAUCACAGCCAUAUUGAGAACUGUAAAACCUCACAACGCCGUUAAACAUCUGCAGACGACACGAAACCCAACACGGACUCACACCUGUCCCAAAGAUGAACACAGGAAGCAGAAACCUGAAGACAGGAAGUGGAGAAAAACUACAAAACUACAAGACUUCAUGUGUGUUCAGACUGAAGCAGCUUCAGAGCAGAAACUCCUCAAAAUAUUCAGUAAAUAUUCUAUUAACUUGAGACAAAAUGCAGCUUCCAAAGAAAAACGAAGUUAAAAAACAAAUAAAGAAGAUUAAAUAUUUAACACUUUGAUGGAACUUCAGAAUUUAAACCUCUGAUUAUUUUACUAAAAGAGUUUGUGGCUGAUUAAGGCUAAAUUCAGGUGUUUUGUAAAGAAUCUGCCCCAGCCCUCUAGUUCUGGCCUUCAGAGGGUUAAAGUUGUUUUAUUCCAGGAGUUCAUGUCGACAAACUGAGUUCCUAAAGUUCUAAACCAGUCUGAGGACCUGCUGCUUCUAGAUCUUUAAUGAGGAAACGUUGAAGUCCAGCUGAUGUCCAUCUGAACACACCUUCAGAUUUCUCUCUGAGAUGAAACCUUUGGAACGUUACUGAUCCUGAACCUGCAGACCAUGAAGAAGUCCAACAGAGCUGGAACCAUCCGAAUAGAGAACCUGCAUGUUAGAACCAGAAGAUCUUUCAUUUGUUCAGCUGAAAGAUUAACGAGGAGAAACAAGAAGGCAGAGUUUAAUGUUGAUGAAAUAGAAAUCAAGUAGUUGGGUUCUCCUGAAGCUCCUACAAAAGAAAAGUCGGUAUAAUCGUAGGAGCUUCAGGAAGAACCAUCUGGACUUCUCUGGAAGGUUCUUCAGCAAGAACCUCCCAGAGAAGUCCAGAUGGUUUCUGACCACAGAAAGCGUCCAUGAACCCUUUAAAGACGUUUAGUUGAUUUCAAGUCAUAAAGUCGUGUUUGAUCUAAACAAUGUUAGAACUUCUCUGUUAGUUUCUUGGUUCUGUCUGUCAGUAGUGAGGACCUCCUCUCCACUGCAUCGUUUUACUGCAACAUCUUGCAGUAAAACUUAAAUUUAAACAUGCUAACACGCUAGCUCCAGACAGUUUGUUCUCCUCAGAGGUUCUUCAGGAAUGUCGGAGGUUCAGGUUCUGUUUGUCUUCAUGGUCUGAUUGAUGUUUACAACAGUUUAUAGUCACUGAGAGCAGAUUUACCAUCCGUGUGUGUGUGUGUGUGUGUGUGUGUGUGUGUGUGUGUGUGUGUGUGUGUGUGUGUGUGUGUGUGUGUGUGUGUGUGUGUGUGUGUGUGUGUGUGUGUGUGUGUGUGUGUGUGUGUGUGUGUGUGUGUGUGUGUGUGUGUGUGUUAUAAUUUAUCAGUACAAAUGUGCCAGCUGGUGUUUUCUCCACAACAACACAGUGAUGAUUCUGAAACAGAACAGGUCAUUCCAUCGAAAACCAACCAGAAACAUCUGCUUCUUCAUCUCCAGUAACUUCAUCAAUGAUCAGAGUUCUACCAGAACCUCCUCAGAACAUCUGGUUCUUCAUCUGCAGUAACUUUAUCAAUGAUCAGAGUUCUACCUUCAUCCUGAGAAUAUUUCCAGAGUUCCAGGUCCUUGAAGUCCAUAGAGGAGAACGUCCCCUGGAGAAAGUUGUAGAGUAGACCUACCCACAACUGUCCAGUUGUCGGUAGGUCUACUCUAGAACUUUCUCCAGUUGUCGGUAGGUCUACUCUAGAACUUUCUACAGUUGUCGGUAGGUCUACUCUAGAACUUUCUCCAGUUGUCGGUAGGUCUACUCUAGAACUUUCUACAGUUGUCGGUAGGUCUACUCUAGAACUUUCUCCAGUUGUCGGUAGGUCUACUCUAGAACUUUCUACAGUUGUCGGUAGGUCUACUCUAGAACUUUCUCCAGUUGUCGGUAGGUCUACUCUAGAACUUUCUCCAGGGGACGUUCUCCUUUCCUGCUUCCAGUCUUUAAGUCUAGUCUCACUUUGAACAUUCCAGGUCCUUGAAGUCCAUAGAGGUGGGUCCAGAUUUAUCACUUUUUAAUGGACUUUUUCAGAACGUCAUCAGUCCAGCAGAUAGAACCAUGACAUUUAGGAGGAGAAACAUCUGAGUUCUGGUAAAAACUGACCCCAGAUCAGUUUUCCAUCCAUCCAGGUGUCUCAGUCUGAAGGUAAUCCAGAUUUCACCAAUUCUGGACAGUUUUUGAGUCACUUUGGACAAAAUUUCACAUCCUUUUUGGAAUAAUUUGGGGAAAUCCUGAGUCAUUUUGGAAGAUUUUCAUCAUUUUUGGACAAAUUUGAAUCAUUUUGGGACAGUUUAGUGUAAUUUUUCACACACAUCAUGAUGCUGCCACCGCCGUGUUUCACAGUGAAGCUGUUAUAUUUCAUCCUGUGCUGAUGAAGUUCUGAGAUUCAGAAAUUAAAAUAUUCACAGUAUGAAGGUAACACUCUGCUUUGGACUUAUUAAAUAUGUGCUUCUGUUUCUGAUAAUCCACCAAAGAAAACUUUAAAAGGUCUUUCUGGGUGAACUUUAAUGUUGGGAGGAGGUUGGUCAGAGCUAUUAGAGAAACUGGGAUCAGCCGCUUGCUUUGAUUCCUGAUCAGGUUGAUUGAUUUUCCAUGGAAUGACCCAUCAGCUGUUGGUCAUGUAUGUUUUUUUCUACAUACCUGGCUGCUCUGGCACUCUGUCAUGUUAUUAUGAUUAUUAUGACUAAUAUAUUCUUCUUACCUACGUUUCUGUGUUUUGCCAUGUCUUUUUAUUACUAUUAUGAUUAUUUUAAUGUUUUUUAUAUUCGCUGAUCAUCACUCGUCUGAUCAGGAGAUCCAAUCUGAGAUGUUUGUGUAGAUACACUAUAAAUCAGUAAAACAUGAGUGGAGGCGAGACAUUAGAACAUUCAUUUACCCCCAAAGACAAACAGGACGUUUACUUACUGUGCCUGGAUUUUAUAUUUUCCUUCAUUAACAGAUCAGCACAUUUACAGCAAAAAUCAAUGCAUAAAGAUCAUCGGGAUGAAGGAAACUCUGCGUUUGAUGCUUAAAGUUUCCUCCAGUAUUAGAAUUAAAUCUAGCAGCAGCGUUUUAAAAACCUCAGAUUCAUAUUUUAAAAGUUGGAAUGUGAAGAUGAUUAAUGUCACAGUUUUACUUCUCUUCUGUUUUUCUGGUGGAUGUUUUGGAUUGAAGGUGAAGAUGUUCCAGUUUGUGGGUGUUAAAGGAACAAUGAUGACUAAAUAAUAACAGAAAAUAGUGUAAAAUCUGGUCAUAAAAGCUCAGAUCAGAACCAGAGGUUGGGUUCAGCGUUCUGUCAGCAUGUCAUGUGCUAAAGCUUCAGGCUGGUAGUUUUUAUAGCAGCUUCUCUGCUUCCUCUCUGCUUUGAUUUUCUAUCAGUUCAUGUUUUUUUAUUGAUUCUUGUCUUUAAAUGAGAAAGUUUGUUGACAGUUUUUCUGUGGAUUUUCUUCUGCUUUUCUAAAGAAUCCAACUUUCCCUCUCA